AUGGAGAGCAAUUCUGGGCCCACCCAGCUGGGCCGAAGUUUCUCUCAAGAGCCAAUAUGUCUAGGACUAAUGCCUCAGCAACCGGGAAUGAUUGGCUUGGCGGAGGACUGGACCGGCUUGACUAACCCAGCGGAACGAAGAAAGCUGCAGAAUCGGAGGAAUCAACGAGCAUAUCGAAAGCGCAAAGCAAUAGAAACAAAGUCAGGUCGCGGUGCUACCAAACCAGUACGCCAAGAGACACAAGAUUGCAUUGCCAGUGAUAGUAUCGAUCCCACAGAGUUGGAAGCCUAUGCCAAACCCGAUUCUAGAUCUCAAUUGUGGCGCGCGUUUCAUGCCGCUGCGAGCCCUUCAAAGCUUGACUGCACGCAGCCUGGAUAUGUUGCUAAGGUCUGCCGGCUCACUAAUAUCCAGACUCAACAGUUGGUUUCUGAAUUCAAAGAGUGGGCUCAGAGAUCUCUCACAAUGGGCUCACCAAUGAAUGACCAUCUUCAACUUGAAGCGUUGGUAAAAUUAAAUGUGUUCCGAGCUUUGGUUAGCAACUCGAGGGAUCUCGGCUUCACUCCGGAGGAAACCAUGGACGAUGAUUCUCUGUCUCCUUUUGUUGAUCCUUCGAAUACCCUUUGUCUUUCCCGACCUCUUCCUUCGGCACUUCGCCCAACGAAGCUUCAGCGCAAGAUCCCUCACCAUCCUUGGAUCGAUCUGUUUCCGAUACCUGGCAUGCGGGAUAAUCUCUUGCGAGCAGAAGAUGCGUAUGAUGAUAUGGAGCUCUGUGGAGAUCUUAUCGGAUUCUUUAGCGGCUCUAAAGAUAGGACGGCAAUGGUAGUCUGGGGCGAUCCAUGGGAUUCACACAGCUGGGAAGUUACGGAGUCCUUCUUGAGCCACUGGGCUUGGACAAUCAAAGGGUGUUUACAACUCUUGGAAUCUACUAAUCAUUGGCGGAAACAGCGUGGCGAAAGGCCUUUGAGUUUUGAGAGAACCCUAUGCGAGGAAGCCGUCGAAUGA